CAGUUCAGUAUUCAAAGUGCGCUCGGUCAGACUCGACUAGUCCGGCUAGUCGUCGCGAUCUUCGUUCGUCGUCGUCACACAGUUCGCGGAGAACGAUCGGACUGUCUCGUUUUCGCGCGUGUACUCGCGGUUGGUGCUGUCCCGCUCACGCAAACCCGAUCGCGGUCUGGAGGCUUUUACAAUAUCAGAUCCUAUCAACAAUUCUUCCGUGUGUCAUGAUUUCCCAUGCCCAACCCGACAAGGCUACAACAAUUUGAUUGUGAUAAUCUGAAAAUAAAGUAUCGGCUGCAAUUUUUUUUUAACAAAACAAGUGAAUUUUAUUUUUUAAUAAAAAAUUUUCAACAUCCUGAUAAAGUGAAGAGAAAAAUCAAGUGAUUCAAGCUAGUUUUUAACCUAAAACCAAGAAGAAAUUUCCAAGCGGUGAAACAUAACCAACAAAUCACGUCACCAACUACCGGUUAACUGGAAGAUCAGGAAGAUCCCAUCACGAUGAAGAAGGAUCAACGACGGUAACAGUCGUCGUCGUCGUCGUGUGCCAUGUAAAGUGGUUGGUGAAUGCCAACACGCAACAACGUCUUCGCUGUCGUCGGGAGGUGAAGUGAAAUUCGACGAAGCCUGUUUAAAAAUAAAUAAAAGGAAACAAGUGAUUUGCCUCAACAGGUGUAAGUUUAACGUGAAAGCAACAAAAAAAAUAAGAAGAAGAAGAAAAGUGAUUGUGAAGGGAAUGAUAAUGUUUUAAAAGUUUUGUGCAACUUGACGAAUCCACGAAUCAAUGGCAGGGAGAUAAGGUUGCGACGUGACAGUGCGAUCCCACCCCCCACGAUAUCCGACAACGAACUCAAAGUUCGAACCAGUUGGCAACACCAGGUAGCGGAACAGUCAACCUGCAGAAAUGACCAUUUCAUAUUCAGCAGAGGUGCCAAACGGCAGCAAUUUCGGAUGUUUCUGGCGUAUUCUGUGGAAAUGGCGCGGUAGUGUCUACAAAGCAAUCUGGCGUGAGCUGCUCGCAUAUCUGUGCGUAUACUACACACUAAAUUUGACCUACCGAUACGGUCUCAGUGAAGAGGGCAGAAGAGUGUUUGAGCGGAUACGCAACUACUGCGGCCAGCAGCGGGAAAAUGUGCCACUUUCCUUCGUGCUGGGCUUCUACGUCAGUCUGGUGGUCAAACGGUGGUGGGAACAGUACCGGCUGCUGCCGUGGCCCGACACGCUUGCCCUCUUCGUCAGCGCCGCCAUCCAGGGUCAUGAUGAAACCGGCCGGUUGAUGCGCCGAAACAUCAUGCGCUACAUGGUACUGGCGUACGUCAUCACGCUGCAAAAGAUUUCCCUCCGCGUAAAGCGACGCUUCCCAACGUGGCAACACCUGGUGGACGCCGGUCUGAUGUUGGAGAGCGAGCGCAAGAUCUUCGAGAUCAUGGACUCGAAGAGCCCGAUGUCCAAGUACUGGAUGCCGCUGGUUUGGGCGACCAACAUUAUCAACCGGGCCCGGAAGGAGGAGCUCAUUCCGUCGGAUCACAUCGUGCAGACACUGCUGAUGGAGCUGUCGGACAUUCGUAGGAGGUUGGGUGGCCUCAUCGGGUACGAUACGGUGUGCGUUCCGUUGGUGUACACCCAGGUGGUGACGCUGGUGCUGUAUUCCUACUUUACGGCGGCCAUCAUGGGCAGCCAGAUGAUUCCGACGUACGACGAGAAGACCAACUCGUACAUGGAGUUGGACGUUUAUUUCCCGUUGUUCACGGCGUUGCAGUUCGUGUUCUACGUCGGUUGGCUUAAGGUUGCCGAAGUGUUGAUUAAUCCGUUCGGGGAGGACGACGACGAUAUUGAGUUGAACUGGCUGAUCGAUCGGCAUAUCAAGGCGUCGUACAUGAUCGUGGACGAGAUGCACGACGAACAUCCGGAGCUGCUCAAGGAUCAGUACUGGGAGGAGGUCGUACCGAAGGACCUGCCGUACACGGUUGCAAGCGAGCACUACCGAAGGGAAGAGCCCAAGGGUUCGGCGGAGCAUUACGUCGUGAAGGAGUCCGAGGCGGUGUACGCGAACAUUGGCGGUGGAAAGCGGGUCGUGAACGAUGAGGUGUACGCGGAUUAUGAAAGCGUCGACACGCCGAUGGCCGAACGCCGCAAGGGCUGGUUCGGCCGGCAAAUCACCCGCAUUUCGAUGCGCAGCUCGUCAACGGCGUAUUCCUCCGGGGGUCUGUUCACGCGCAACCGGCAAAAUUCGGUCUACUCUAGUCCCGAGGCGGGCAUGACCCAGCCCAUCACCGGUCCCGGCAGCGGCGGCCCACCCAUGCAGAAGGUCAGCAUUUACGACAAGUUUCUGAACCGGAAGUCCGGUCGACAUCCGCGUCAAAUCGUGAAACAAAGUUCCAAACUCAGCCUAAACGGCUCCGUGAAUUCCAAUGUGCCACCGAGGGCUCGGCCUCGCAUUCCCACGCCGGAUGUCAGCAAGGACAGCAAGGUCCACCCGCUGGCCGGCGUAACGAUCAACUCGGCGCAGCUCGAGCGGACAGCGAACAUUGCGUCUGGCGUGGCGCUGAUGGCCACUCAGCUGGCCAACAAUCCGUCCAUUUAUCCGGCGUCGACAAAGGCGGGCUCCGCUGGUCCUGGAUCGACCCUCGGCAACAGUGACCUGCCGGUGGUGGGAACGUUGCUGCUCGCGCCCAUCAAGGAGCUGGACUCCAACUCGGUCAACAAUACUCUGCACGCGGGCCACUCGGCGACGGCGGCCCUGGCCAAGUCCAUCCUACCAUCGAGCAUCAAAAGUUCCGCAUUCGGCAAGGACGGCUCGCCGACCCCACUCGAGCUGGCCCUCGCCAACGGCUCAAGCCUUGGCAAAUCAGGCUCAGGCCUCGGCGGCAACCGAGUCAUCGUACUUCCAGCCGCCACCGACAACGUCGACAACGGUUCCAGCACCGGAAGCGGCGGUGCCCUCGUUCCGGUUAGCACCACAUCCGAUGCCAUCCCGCUAGCGAUUACCUCUAUUCCGUUGACGUUCACCGUGACCCCGGUAACGACGACCAUCAACACGGGCUCGACCGGAACCUUCAUCACGGAGCUGCCCUGCGAUGGUGACGAGGCCGUCGUCAGCACGGCCGUCACCGUCAACAACGAGAAGCAGAGGAAUGGUGGCGGCGGAACGGCGGCCCCGUCCGAAACCUCGUCAUCCGCGGCGUCCACACUCAGCAAACGGAAGCCAAAGCAUAGCGAGGUGUACGUUUGAGGCGAUUGUGUGUGGUGGAAAUUGUAGAAUUUCAGUGAUAUAGUCGAAAAUAACGAAACAGUAUCAGAGAAAAGCAUUGAAAUUUAGAGACGAAACUUUGGUGACUUUAGUGCGAAAAAUAUCAGCAAAAGGUGUUUUUAACUAGAACUAUUGAGGAAAAAUAAUAGCAUUUCUGUUUGAAGUUGUGAGAGAGAGAGUAUUAGAAUAUUUUAAAUGUUGUGUAAAUAGGAAGAGAAAGUGAAUACAAUUGUUUUUAAACCUUUUACUUUUAUGCAAAAUGUGCAAGUCGAACCCCUAUUUUGACC